AGCUGGUGAAAGGACGGAGCUGGGAAACUUUAUUUACGACACAAGAAGGGAGAGAUAUCGAUUGGGUUACGAUCACAACCACGGAGCCACGAUACUCGACGAAAGCAACCGACGCGAUCGAUUAAUCAGUCGGAGGGCGAGAAAAUCCGAUCAUCACAUUCGGAAGGACGACGAAAGGACGAGCUGAUAACGGCUGAACCACAGUCGACCCACGACAAAGAUCAGAGAGAAAGCAAUGAGGACGUCAACACUAUUCAACGCGCUAUCGGGGGCCGCCGUGGCGGCGGCGGGUGUGUUGGCGAUGGAUCUCGGUGACGAGAUGCGCAUGGGGUGGAAGUAUGGCCUGCUACCGCGGCAGACGACGCAGAACCUGCAAACUUUUGAAGGGAAUUUGGGCGGUGUACAGGCGUCAGCGAUUACCAAGUCAAAUGACCCUAGUAGACCGUUCGAGGUCGACGGCGAUACUUUUCCCGACUUCAACACCGCCGCGGGCCGAUCUUGCGACAACCAGAAGAACAAGUGCUCACAAGCAGCUAACAACGGACCGCAAAAGUUCGAGGUGACCAAGUGUGACGAACAAGCUGGUGAGUUUAUAGUACUUUCUCGGAGUUAGAAGUCCCAUUACGCAUGAGGACCACGAUCCUAAUACGGACCGGCAGAGCAAUGCAAAAACACAAUCGACACAAUCACAAAGCAGAGCUUUAGCGAUCCCGUGUUUUCGGGCAC